GUAAUGAACUGAAAGUUAAAAGUAUGUAAAGAAGAGGAAUGGGUCAAAGAAUAAUAAUAAGCUUCUCUAUACAUCAGCAGCAGCUUAAUGACUCUACAUUGACUGCCUCUCCUGCACUUCUCUUCCCCAAAAUUCUUCAAGAUUUGCUUCAUUGUACACCUACUUUUUACUUGUAAGUUACAAAUCUCUACUAUACUCUUUGAUCUAUUCUCUUCAUCUUAGAUCAUGUCCUUCAUUAAUUAUCACCCCUUCUUGCUCAAUUAUGUUAAGAUUCAUAUAUUUUAAGCUAUUUCUUGAUGUGGGGCUCUGCUAUAACCGGCUUAUAAGGUCUCCUAGUUGUUAAAGUUUAGAUUUUCAAGAAAUCUGGUUCCUGGGAAUUUUGAAGUUUCUGCUAGAAGUUGAUUGAUUUGGGUAAAGUUUUGUUUCUGUGAUUUUUGAUGAAUUAGUGUUAGGAAGUAGUGACUCUGGUUAGAGGUGAUUGAUAUAUAACAUAUUAAAGAAGGUUUUGGGCUUUUGCUGGUUGUGUUUUUAUUGUGUUUUUGAAAUGGGGUCAGUGCAGAAUUCUGUAUAUUAUUGUUGUGUGUCAAAGGGUGAUCGAGUGUUGUAUGAGUAUAGCGGGGGAGAUGGGGAUACUGAAAAGUUGGCUGGGUUGUGCUUAGAGAAAGCCCCUUUGUACCACAAAUGGUAUUUUCAGACAAUGGGGAAGAAGACUUUUGGUUUUUUGAUGGAAGAGGGGUAUGUUUAUCUUGCUAUUGCAGAUGUAGGUCUUGGUAAGCCUGAAUUGUUACAGUUUCUAGAACAUAUAAGAGAUGAAUUUGGAAAGAUGAAUAAGGGUUUACGCAAGAGUAUGUCGAAUUUGGAUUCGCUUUGUUUGCAAGAACAGUUAGUUCCGGUUAUCCGUCAUCUGAUUUCGACACUAGAAAAAGUUUCUGAGACUAGCGAGUGCCUGACAGAGACACCUUCACCUCCAGGACAAAGUGAAGCUGUAGCGUCAACUAAAGCCCCGUUAUUGGGCAAGUCUAGUAAGCUAGAGAAGAAGAAGAUGAAGGAGCAUGCUAUUGCAAUGAGAGAUAUUCAGAUGGAAGAGCACCGUAGGUCUACGGAUAGAGCAAUCAAGAUGGAUACUGAAAAUCUAGAGUCUAGUAGAUUAGAUGCUUCAGGAUCAUCACUAUCGCGGAAGGAUUCAGCAAGGAUAAGGUCGAGUAAUUCAAAUGUUCGAAGGAAGUAUUGGCGUCAAGUAAGGAUUGUUUUAGCUAUUGAUGCCGCGGUAUGUCUACUACUGUUUGUGAUUUGGUUACUGAUUUGUGGUGGUACUCAGUGCAUUUGAAGAAACUUUUCUGAUUUCAUAUCUCAACCCUGAUUUAUCAUGAUAGUAAGUUUACCAAAAGUGAUUAAAUAUAUUGGGCUUCGAAUUAUGAUAUACAGUGCCCUGUAGGGACUUAGGUAUAUUUAUCAAAUAUAGGUAAAUACUUGUCCAAUGGUAAAGAGAAGAGAGACCCUUCUAUGCUUGAUCCAACUAUCGCCAUUACAUGUAAGUAUAAUUUGUUGCACUCAUAAGUUGUCCAAUUCUAUGUUUGUAUAAUAUAUCCUACUGAGUUACUGGCCUUGCUUGCAUUUGGAUUCGACUGGAUUGUUUUUGUUA